AUGAAUGCUCCCGUGGUCAUCUGGCUGCAGCGCGUGGAGUGGCCAGUGGCGGUGGUGACGGUGACGGUGGCCUGCCAGGUGAGUGCGGGUGCUGCCAGCACGAGUGCUUGCAAAGAGGACAAAGGGGCUGCGCUCCAGGUUCAGGAGAUUCAGAUGGCUUUCCAAGGCGAGACCAAGCUGCGGGUGUCAGAGCUGAAGUUCGAGCUCAUGAAGCAGUUCUUGGAUUGCGAGCAUGACAGCCACCGCCGCUUCAACAUCUUUGCGUUUGCUGCCUGCCGCAACGCCCUGGCCAGCGUCGUGAUCAUGAGUUUAACUGUGGCCCGACCCCUGCUGAGCACAUUUUACAAUGUGGGCUUGGUGCAUGAGUUCCUGGCUGAGCCCCUUGCUGAAGCCAACAGCCCUGUGCUGCAGCUGGACAUUGGGGUGAAGGCGAAGGCCCUGCUUGCUCCGUCACAGAUGGGAUCGCCGGAGUUGCCGUCUGAGACACGGCAUUUGCACCCAGGCGCAGCUCUGAGUGAAUUGCUGCAGGUUGCAAAAUCUUUUUUGCCUCACUUGGUGGCCCCGAGCUACAGAACCUGGGUGCGGGUGUUCCACAAGGACUUUAAGGAGAAGCUCCGGUUCCGAGGGGAAUCUCAGCAUGCGAAGUGCAAUGCGUGUGAGCGCUUCAAGGCGUUCAAGCGCGAGGCGGCGACGACAUCAGAGAUGGUGGCGGCGGCGUAUGUGCAGCGCCUGGACGCGGUGAUGCGUGAUCGGCGCGCCGAUGCCCUCUGGCGCCAAGCAGCUGCGCUGAGCAUGACCUCGGGUCACUCAGCGCUGGAUUGCAGCUCGCAGAGCUCGUGGCUGGGCAUCACGGUGGAUGGCAUGGACAUCAGCAAGUUUAAGGUGCCGCUGAACGUCUGCAAGUCCAAGGAGUUCCAGGCCAUGCAUCGCCCAGAGUUGAAGCUUACGCUGGCGGUGGUGGAUGGGCAGGUAGAGCGGUUCUUCCUCAGCGACCCCACAGUCGGCGCAACUGCCAACAAGGACCUCAUCAUCAUCACCCACUGCAUUGAGGCUGCCUUGCAAGAAACGCUGAAGCGUGGCCUUCCCAAGGAAUCUGCUGAGACGAAAAAUCAGACGUCGUUCAAGUAUGGCGCCUUCCUCGUCUUCUGCGACAUCUUUGAUGACUUCGUCUUCACGUACUUUCGGGCUGGACACUCACAUGGUCUGCCAGAUCAGCGGUUUUCGGAGGUGCGACACCACUUGUUUGCUAGCGAUGUCCUGCAGCACCCGGAGGACUUUUUGCGUAUCAUCAACCAGGUGCGCCCACGAGAGGGCCGUGUCCUUCAAGCAGAGACCCUGAGCAGCCAGUGGAACUUCAAAGCCUGGCUUGAGCAGCUGCCCUGCUUCGUGCCGGACAGCACGCUUGAGGAGGCCCACCCCUUGGACAUUUGCCUUCUGGUCAAGGCACACAUGCAGGAUGUGGAGCUCUGGUGUUUGUCCCAUGCGAUGAUGAGCCAGUUGGUUGCAUCGGGCUGGCCCCAGGCAAAUGUGCCUUUGAAUGAGCUGGGGAAGGCGGAUGGGACCCCCGAAAAGAUGGAGCUGAGCAAGAUGGAGGUUGACCUCUUCACGGCCAGUCUUGCUGGCGCGUCUGAGGCUGAGUUUUUGGCUGCUCUUUUUUCAGAAGCAGCAAUGGCCCCACCAGAGAACUUCAAGCAGAUCGCCUUUGAGUGCGGCAAGAAGCUGCUGUCCCAUUUUGGUGGGCCCCAGCAAUACCUGCAGCAAGACCAUCCUGACACCAACAGCUUUGCUGUGACGCUGGGCCUUGAGUUCAGCACGACGCGGCAAGAUGUCAACUUCGUGACAUCGCUCCCUGCGGAUGACUCAACCAUGUUUUGCCUCAAGCUGUCGGACUUGUCUUUCAGUCCUGAGUCAAGCACGAAGCCCGCGCCGUACCUCACCACGGCCAUCAGCCUGCUAGAUGAGUACUUGUGCAACAGCUUCAUCUCUGAGAGCAACUUUAAUGGGGCGGCCCGGUCCAUGACCCUUCUUUUCCUGGCAUCUCUGGCGAUGGCGUGCGAGUGGAAGCUGGAGAUCCUGCACCCGGCCUUGUUUGAGUCCAUGCGGGUCAUUUGGGCCCGCCGCGCAACAUUGAGCACAGACAUCGAAGGCUUCAAAGCGGAUGCUGCCAUCAAGGCGUGGAACAUGGAGGCAACCAAGGAGUCACAGCUUGCUGGGCAGAAGCGCGUCGCGUUGCUCUUCCUGCUGUCAGCACCACCUGGGACGGCUGAGUUGCUUCUGAAGCACACGUCUGAGUUUGGCUCGCAGUCUGCCUUCGCAGAGGAGGCCUUUUCCAACAAGGCCAUCCAGGUGGGUGCUGUGACCAAGACGGGGGACAAGAUUUGGAGCAAGAGGUUGACUCAGACCGCCGCGAGCUUUGUGAUGAUGAUCCGGUUUGUGGAUGCCACCCACCGGCGGCUGCUGCCAGGACGACUUGGCAGAGCAGGGAGUUGCGGCAUUUUUGUCAGCGAGCAGCUGCUGGCUGGGGACCGUAACCUUGAGAUGGAGCUCCAGGAGCUUAUGAAAGGUCAUGCUGCCAGUGCUGAGGGCAACUUCAGGACUGAGUCCGAGAAAAGGUCCAUUGCGGCUGGCGAGCUAGAGAGGGAGGAGUUUUCGCUCACGCUGAAGAUGUUUGAGUGCCUUGAGUGCUGUAGCAAGCUGGUUUCAUUGUGGCUGUCAUUUGCCUACUCAGCGCUGAGCCUCGUGAUAAUUGACCCUUGCCAAGCCCUUGCCAAGCUGAGGCACGACAUCAAGGCGUAUGCCAACUGGCUGCUGAAGUGCGAGGAUCACGAAGCCAGUGUGUAUCACGCUGAGCUGCAGCACAAACUUGCUAGGCAGCAGGAGGCUUUCCGCCAAGCCAAGGUGGCAAAAGACAGCAUUUGCGUAGUGACGCUUUUGAACUGGAGUGCGCCAUCCCUGGUGAGCUCCGAGAACCAGCGCACACAGGCUGCCCUAGCAGGCUACCUGGUGAACUCGCACUCCCCGGAGACUGGCGCCUGCAUCGGCCUGCUCCUCUCUCCAGUGGACUGGGCCUUGCAGCAUCACACCGAGAAGCUGGCCGAGCAGCUCAGCAAUGGCAACUUUCAGCCUGCUGCACCCUCCAGACCCACGCCUGCCAAAGUCUUGGCUGCCUGGCAUGACCACAGCAUCUUCAAGGGUGAGUUCAGGGAGUUCUUGCAGAAGACGCGCGCUUUGCCAUCCGGCAGCAAGACUGACUGUGACAAGGGGCCCAUUGCCGAGGAGGACUUUUUCGAGCCCAGCAACUUGAAUCCUCUGAACCAUGAGGCUCACCUUGUCGGAUCUGGUAAUUUGAGCGCGGUGAUGCUCGUGGUCACAGUUGGCGAGGGCGCCUACUUACAGAACACGCACGCCGAGCCCAGCACGAUCCGCAAAGGGACCACCUUGGCUGGCUACUACAAGGGCAAGUUCUGGGCGCCGGCGGGAAAGGAAAAAGAGGAGAUUGGCCCAGCCGAUGUGCUGUUCUCCUUGGAGGGCUCGCAGGACUACAUCAUCUUGGGCGGCAAGUACAUGAGCCUCCUGGACACGAUCAAGACGAAGCGAUCGCUGAGCCCAAGUGACGCCCACGUGGGGUAUCACACCUUGACGGAUUCGCCCUCAGCCACGGAGCCGGCGGCAUUUACACUCAGACCCAAGCAGGCCCAUCUGAUUUUCCGGGAAAACGGAAGGCGCUGA